AUGAUUGAUGCUCGGCUCAGCUUCAAGCAGCAAGCGGAGUACGUCGGCACUAAGGCGUAUGGAGUUGGAACCGUCCUUUCUCGACAUAUGCUGAACAUCGGAGGGCCAAAGCAGAAGAGAGGAGCGUUGCUGUCAUCGGUUGUCACGUCGGCCCUCACAUAUGGCAUCGCCAUCUGGGCUGACGCACUUUUGAUCCAGCACGCACGACGGAAAGUGGCAUCGACUUACCGUAUGAGCGCCCUCAGAGUGGCUAAUGCAUUGCGCACGGUGUCAGGAGAUGCCGUGUGUGUCACCGCCGAGAUGCUGCUCAUAGAAGUACUUGCCGAGGCAUGA